CUUGCGCUCAGAGAUAAACCGCAUCUUACACCUACAGACUAUCGCAUAUCUUCAAAGUUCAGUUGCGACUACAAUCACUAUGGAUGACAACGAAACACCCACGCUCGCCGCGAUUGCGAAACUUACUGAGAAUGCAAACCUCCAGUACAGCCUCAAGAACUACGAUGCCGCUGCCGAGCUGUACUCGCGCGCAACCGAAAUGCAAGAUGAACUACAUGGAGAGAUGGCGCCAGAGAGCGCGGACCUACUAUUCCUAUAUGGACGCUGUCUUUACAAGGUCGGCGUAAGCAAGAGUGACGUCUUGGGCGGAAAGGUCGCCAGCGAGGAGAAGAGCAAGAAGAAGGGGAAAACAUCGAACGGCGAGGGCAGCAGUAGUGCGGUGUCAAAGAGCAACGCUAUCUCAAAUGCCGGCGAUCAGAACGCAGAGGCAGUGUUGGAAGCUGCGGUGGAGACUAAGGAUAGCACAAAGCCGGCAGACCAAAGCAAGGCUGCAGACAAGCCAUACUUCUCGAUCACAGGAGAUGAAAAUUGGGACACGGACUCGGACGAUGAAGACGCUGGAGAAGAAGGCGAUGCCGCAGAAGACGAAGAUGAUGACGACUUCAAGAUAGCCUACGAGAUUCUAGAUACAGCACGCGUAAUUCUACAGCACAAGCUAGAAAAUCAUACCGGACAGUCCAACAUAAAGAGCGAUAAAGGCAAAGACAAAGCCCAUGAAUUAUAUCCAGGAGAUGUCUCAGAUCCAGUUGUGCGCGCAACCAAGGAGAAAUUGGCCGAGAUUCUGGACUUACAGGCGGAUAUCUCACUAGAGAGUGAACGAUUUGAAGAUGCUGUACCAGACAAUCAAGCUAUAUUAGCUCUUCGAAAGGAUCUUCUACCACCUGAACAUGCUUUCAUAGCAGAAUCAUACUACAAGCUCUCACUCGCCCUCGAGUUCGCCUCACUCACGUACCACGAAGGGGAAGGGGAGCCGCCUUCGGUGGACGAAGGAAUGAGGAAGGAUGCCGCAAAAGCUAUGGAAGAUGCGAUUGCGAGUUGCCAUUUGCGCAUCAAGACUGAAUCAGAGAAACUCUCAUCUCUCAGCGCUGAGGACAAAGUCAAGAAAGAGCUUGAAAUCAAAGACGUCAAAGAAUUGAUUGCCGAGAUGGAGGAACGGUUGGUCGAUCUCAAGGCUUCUCCUUUAGAAGUUCCUAACCUUGCAGGCCCGGCUGGAGCAGCCGAUGCCAAUCCUCUCGGGGGUAUUCUAAGCUCGAUUUUGGGCGAAACACCUGGACAGCAGAAGGCUCGAAUCGAGGAGGCUGUCAAGGGAGCAAACGAUCUCUCUGGAAUGGUGAAGAAGAAGAAGCCUGCGCCAAGUGCAGCAGCCGGACCAAGCACAGAUACGAACGGCAAAGGAAAGCGGAAGCUCGAAGACGGAGACGACUCCGACACAUCAAAGAAAGCCAAAGUCGAGGAUGCCUAAGCUGGAUGAUUAAGGAUGCCAUAUAUUGGAGUUUUGUGCUAUAAGUGGGCGUUGAGCAUAUUCGCUUUAGAAGCCCCUGAUCUUACAUCCAAUCUGUAUUGUACAUGUUACCAUAUACCGAACUUCAAAACAAAUGAGCAAUACUCCUUAACUCAGGACUAACAGCCUCUUUACUCCUCAACGUAAGUCCAGCAGCCCUCUGUGCCAGUCCGACCACUUCUUCGACUCUUCUCCCCUUCAAGAUACCCGCGACUACCGCGCCCAAGAACGUAUCACCCACCCCAUUGACACUGACCACAUCUUCACCCACCAAC